GGACCACCUAUAUCAUCUAGCAUAGUUUUACCCAAACGAAAAGGAUUUGUAUCUUUGUUGGACACAGAUGAGAAACGACUGGCAGCUGCACAGGCUCGCUUAGUCGAGACAAGUUCCUAUGUGUUGCAAAUCCGACCCAUUCCUCGUAAAUGCACUCCCGGUUUGUUGAAGGAUCUCUGUCCGUUGGCUAUCCACAUUCGUUUUCCAACCAAAUCUGGUGCACACUACGCGUUCUUGGUAUUUCGCAACGAAAGGGAAAUGCAGUUGGCACAGGAAAUGCUCGCAAACAAACUGUUGAACAAUAAACCACUCAGUGUACAUAUUUGUUCACGCUCACCCCGGAAUGAUCAAUCGGACUGGUGUGUGCCGACCGCACGUCAAAUGUCUGAUUUCAACUGGAAUGUGCUUCAUGUGACCCAUCUUGCCAGGUCUACCACGCGGUUCGAUUUGGGUCAGGUAUUCCGCAAAGCCUCUUCCAUCAAAUUCCCCACCUAUGAGGAUGGCUCAUCCAAAGGGUAA